CUCCAUGGACGGCAGGAUUGGGGGGUAAUCGAAGCUGCAGCGGCUUCUGCGGAUAAAACCGAUUGCCCCCGUGUGGUUCUUGCUCAGGCACAACACAAGCCUUCGAGCUCCGAAGAGGACAAUCGUUACUUUGGAUGCUUGUCAAAUUGAUGUUGCAGUCGCAUCAAGUUGAUACUGACACCUUCUUCCUGUUCACGAGCGGGCAAGCGCUCUUGACCGCCUCGCCAACCCGUAAUCAUACCUCGUCGAUUCCCAACAGCGUGGAACGCCCUCUGCAUGAUGCCGACCUUGUCGAAAAGAAGUUUAGCAAGGUCGAUCGAGCGGUUGCCAACCUGACACUUUCGAUUCACAAGCUGCACGCUGCUACUGAAGACUGGGGGCAGUUGAUAGUUAUGUUACCCUUUCGGCUACUAAGGUGGUGCUAUCGAAGCAGAUCAGGCAUGUCACAAGCAACGAUUCGAUGGAUCCACCUGCGGUUGGUAGUGAAGGACGCACAGUCUUCCACAGGGAUAAGAGCUUCAACCAAUCAUAGACGCCGCAUUGCCGCCGAAUACGCAACAUUGCCCAGUUUUCGAUCGUAUCUGUCCCAAGACUCGUCCAUGGCAGUUCCCUACCGCAAAUCACGGCAUCACGACCUGUUGGGCUCUGGAGUUCCUAUUCGAUCGCACUCUGUGCUGCCCCCAAAUUUUUGAGAUGUGGCUCCCAUGUUUGCAUGGUUUGCAUGGCCAACUGUCGCAUACAGCGGGG